UAUGGAGGAUACCGCCACCACUGAGGCACUUCCUUCAAUAGAGGAUCAAGAAUUCAUAGACCAGCCGCUCUCACUUCUCUUCCCCUGCCUCCGGCGAAUGCAGCGCCGAAUGCAGCGCCAUCGGUCAGAUGCCAUCCCCAUCCCCGGGGAGUUCCCUCUGUCGGCGAACCCCUCCAUUCUCCUCCAUAUCCUCACUUUUUAUAACUUUGAUCCCCAGGAUCUUGCCAGACUCGAGGCAAGUAGCCAUGGCCAUGUUAUCCCAAUAUUGGAAUUAGCAAUGCCCGCUGCUGAUUGAUUUUUGUGGUUGUUGCAGGCCACAUGUUCCUUCUUUAAACAGCCUGCCAAUUUCCCACCUGACUUCUCUUUAUCCCUGCCUGAGCUUGCUGCAUUUGAUAUGUGCCUCAAAAGGGUCAGCUUUAAGGCAAUGAUGGAAGAGGAAAGGGAAGUACUUAAGCGGCGAUGCGGGGGUUCUUGGAAGCUGGUCUUGAAGUUUUUGCUGGCAGUUGAAACUUCUACACGCAGAGGGAAGCCUCAAGCGAUUGCAGGUCCCAGCCACAGCAUCGUCGUGACCUCCAGCGGUGCGGUCUAUACCUUUGGUGACAAUAGCUCAGGGCAGCUUGGCCUUGGCAAUUUGGAGAAUCAAGCACGACCGCAGCUGAUCAGAUCGCUGCAAGGCAUUCGAAUAAUUCAAGCAGCGGCGGGAGUGGCGAAGACGAUGCUCGUCAGUGAUACCGGACGAGUUUAUAAGCUUGGGAAGGACAAUUUUGGAGAAGGAGACAUUUCAGAUAAUCUUUUGUCAAAGCCUCAGCUAGUGGAAUCUUUGAAAGAUAUAUUUGUUGUUCAAGUAGCAAUAGGUCACUUCUUCACCGCAGUUCUCUCUAGAGAAGGCAGGGUGUAUACUUUUUCUUGGGGAACCGAUGAAAAGCUAGGCCACUGUAGUGAUAGGGAACGAGAGCCCCAUCCUCUCCUGGGUCCUCUUGAGAAUUUACCGGUGGUUCAGAUUGCUGCUGGCCAUUGCUACCUUGCAGCACUUGCUUUUCAACCUAAUCGCUUGUCUGUGUACACUGUAGGCUGUGGAUUGGGAGGAAAGCUAGGACAUGGUUUCACAGUUAAUGAGAAGUACCCGAGGUUGGUCGAGUAUUUUAACAUUUUGAACCUGCAGCCUGUGUGCCUUGCAGCAGGCAGCUGGCAUGCCGCUGUUGUGGGACGAGACGGCCGGGUAUGUACAUGGGGGUGGGGGAGCCAUGGCUGCUUGGGCCAUGGAAAUGAAGAUUACCAGACUCUUCCCACGGUGGUGAAAGGCCUGAACCACAUUAAGGCUGUCUAUGUUUCAGUAGGUGAUUGUACCACUUUUGUGGUCUCUGACACCGGCGAUGUCUACUCAUUUGGGUAUGGAGACUCCUCAAAUCUGGGUCAUGAACAGGUUUUUUAUCCCUUAAAUCAAACAACACCAAAGUUGGUUACUUCACUCAAAGUCACUGAAAGGAUCGUGCAGAUCAGCCCUACAAACAUAUCAAAUUGGACCGAGUUUAUGCACACAUUUGUACUCACAGAAUCAGGGAAGCUUUAUGCCUUUGGGUCAGGACACCAGGGUCAGCUGGGCAUUGAUAUGUCUGGGCAGCCGCAUACAAAAGCUAUUCCAGAAAGGGUCCAGAUCGAUCUCAGUUAGUUCCUGAGGUCUCAGAUACUAAGCAUUUUGUUCAUUCUUUUUAGCUUCCUUAGGUUUCCUAUCAUAUGGACAGUCAUUACCG